GCAACCAAUUACAAGAUAACUAGCAGAAAGUUUCCAUCCUUAGUUUAUACAUUCAAGGAGAACAUAGCAACAAUUCAAGGCUUUUAUAACCAAAAAGCUAUAGAGACAGAACAAAUCCAAUUAUGGUGGGUUAUGAACUGGCCGGAGGGCCAGAAAAGGAUCGAAGUACUCCCAAAAAAACCCAACCUACCUAGCAAGUUAUGGAAAGCAAUAGCUUUUGGCUCAUUUGUAGACUUACAAGAAUUUACACAGAAAAACCUAAUCAGCAACGUUAAACAAAUGAAUGAAGAUACAUGGAAAUAUAGUAUAUCAUUUGGGAGUAUAUCAGAAUGGUUACUGGCAUUUAAGUCCUAUAUGGAUGCAGUACUCAUUUUAUAUGAAAACCGUGAGCAAGAGAUAAAUACAUACAGGGAUCAUAUUUAUGAGCUAUGCACCAAAUAUAAGUUCUCAGCUGUAAUGGGAUAUGAUGAAGAUCGUCGAAUUGCAUUGGUGAUAAAUCGGGAUUCGACUCUAUUUGAAAAAGAUAUUGAGGCAGAAGGUAAAAACUUCGAUAUUGCAGCCAUUAAAAGAUUGAAAGAUGAAGUUCGGCCUAACAAUUGG